CGCAUGCGUACUGUUUCACUGUGCUUCUGAGCUUGCUGGUGUGUUUAUAGUGUUUAUAAUUAUCGGAUUAUUAAUAUAAUAAAUAUUAUAAAUAUGGAUCUGGAGGGAGGGACGUAUGAACCCGGCUUCGUUGGUAUCAGAUUCUGUCAGGAAUGUAACAACAUGUUGUAUCCUAAAGAAGAUAAGGAGAACCGUAUCCUGCUCUAUGCAUGCAGGAACUGUGAUUAUCAGCAGGAAGCCGAUAACAGCUGCAUUUACGUCAACAAAAUCACUCAUGAAGUCGAUGAGCUGACACAGAUCAUAGCGGAUGUAGCUCAGGAUCCUACGCUGCCUCGUACAGAAGAUCAUCCCUGUCCUAAGUGUGGCCACAAGGAGGCGGUGUUCUUCCAAUCACACAGCAUGAAGGCUGAGGAUGCUAUGAGGCUGUACUAUGUGUGUACAGCGCCACACUGUGGACACAGGUGGACAGAGUGAAGAAGAAACAUCGUGGCCGCUAAUUCCAUCAGAUAUUUAGUGAUCAUUAAUUGUAUUAAGUGUGUUUUUUGUAUGUUUAUUUUUAAUAAAAUAUGAUCGUCAGAA